ACUCGUGAGAGAGUCCCACAAAUGCACAAGGCUCGGAACUUAUCAAAUUCACAUCUAACAAUCCACAAAAUCUGAUGAUCAAAUUUUAUAAUUGCUCUAAUAUCGUAAAUCUCCCAAUACACUCUAGUUUACAAGAUCAUGAUUCAUUUCUAGAAUCUAUAUUCAAUUUACAAAAUGGCUAGCCUUCUAACUCGUUACUUCCCGUGGUUUCCCUGUCCUCGGUUUCCCUUCCUAAAAUGGUGGACAAGGAAAACUAUGAGAUACACUCAGUAAGU